AUGAGGCGGUGCCCCCAGAGCAUCCUGGAGCCGAUGUCGAAGAUCGUGAGCUACGCGGUGCAGAACUUCGCGGUGCGGCUGGGCCCGCUGACGGAGCUGAGCGCGGCGUGCGUGCGCGCCUUCGGCCGCGACCGCGACAAGCUGCUGCUCUGCCGCGUGCUGGUCUUCGAGCUUCUGCAGGCGCUCCGCACGAAGACCACCGUGCCCGACGACAACCUCUUCGUGCUCAUCCAGUUCGUGCUGCAGGGGCGUGGGUGCACGUUGCUGCUGCCGCCGGCGCUGGGCUGGGCGGGCGGGGUCCCGGGCGGGGCGGGGGCGGGGGCGGGAGGGGCGGACGCGCGCGAACUGGCCGCGGGGGCAGUGGACUGCAUGCGCCCCCACCUGCCCGAUCUGCUGGAGCUGCUCCACGACCCGCACCUCCUCAACAAGAUCAAGGGCUCGGUGUCCAAGUCGAUAGUGAACCGCAACCUGAUCUGCCUGAACGAGGACACGCUGGGGGCGAUCGUGAAGGGCGGCAUCGCGCAGUACGUGGCCAUGGAGCUGGCUCUGGAGCAGGGCCGUGCAAAGCACGAGCGGGCGCCGCCCAGCCGCCACGUGCUGCCCUGGCUCACCUCCUCGCUGCCUGGGUCCCGAGAAGUGUGCGAAUGCGUGGGGCGAGUGCGCCAGGUGUCGUGGCUGGUGGUGGGCGCGCUGUGCAACGCCCGCCCGCCACACCCACCACACCCGCCGCACCAGCCCGUGCCACAAGACGCUACCUGCCACAUCACCGACCACAUACAGACUAUCAUGUCGUCAUACGUGGAGCAGUCGAAGGCAGGUGGGCAGCGGAUGAGCGCGCUGUUCCACGCCUUCGUGCUGUGCCAGCUGUGGACCCUGUACCUGGAGCAGCUGGCUGGUGGGGCCCCGCCGGCCAGCGAGCCGCACAACACAGCCGUGUGCGUGCUGCUCGACUUCUGGUGCAAGCUGGUGCCCAGCAUACUGCAGGUCACCGUGCAGUCAAAACUGCUCGCGGAAACGGUUAAUCUACAUUUCAUCAGCCUGCUAGAGUCCCUGCUUGAAUGUAACUCCACGGUCCUCAACAAACUUCUACCGCUGUGGACCCCUAUACUGCAUUCACCAUCGUUCACUAUGCCGCGACACGUGGAGCAGCGGCUGGCUGGCUGUCUGGACGCGCGGCCCGAGCCAGUGCGCGCGCUCAUCGCGAGCCAGUGCGCUGUCCAGGGCGCGGGCCAGACGCCGGGGGGGCCCGAAGCCCGCGCCCAGCGGCGGCUGCACCGCAUCAUGGCCAAGAUGGCUCAGCUGGAACUCCAGCCUCACUCCUUCUACUUCAUA